AAAUGUGAAUCCAGCCAUUUGAGUUUCCAGUAUUUAUAAUUUAUUGUUUCUUUGCUCUUCGUAUUCUCAUCUCUGUUUACAACAAUCAUUCUCUGCACCUUCUCUUUAAAUUUGCUUAAUUUCUCCCCUUUUCUUUUACUUUGAUUUCCACUCUCUUCCUUUUUUACAGUAAAAGAAAAGCAAAGCUUCACCUUUAUUUUCUUUUUUUUUGAAUCCCCUUCUCUUUUGUCUUCUUUUAUUCGGAAAAAGAAAAAACCUUUGUUCUUGUUCAUUUCGACUUUGAAAAAGAAUUUCUCAUCAAGAGAAGACGAUGAAGAAGAAGCUCUUAAUAAAUCUUGUGGUUUAAUCUAUUUGAGUUUCAUUAAUAUCUUACAAUGAUUUCAGUGAGGUUCAGUUUGGUUCUUAGACAGACAUUGCAAGGAAACGUUUAAAGUGUUGGACUGUUGAUUUAAGAGUUGGAGCAUUUUCUUUGGAGCAGGCAGAGCACCCUUUAAGCAUCGCUUAAUAAUACAUCUUCAUCUUAAUCAUAAGUAACUAACGACAAUGCCCGAGUCUUUCUUUAUUGGCGCUGCUACUAAUGCCAUGGGAACACUGAUGGUAGACUACUUGGUGAAGCCAAUAGAAUGCCGCGUUCGUUACUUAUUUCGUUUCCAUAUGAUUGUUCAAGAGCUCCAUGAGCAGCAAAACAAUUUGAAUAGAGAACAAACUCGUAUACAAGAAGACAUCAAGGAGGCUAAACUGAAUAUUCAAACACAAGUGAUUGAGAAAUACGUAGAGGACUGGUUGACGGAUGCAACAAAUGCCUUGAAUAAUGUACAGAAUUUGGAAGCUAGAAUUGAAGAAAAUAAGAGAUGCUUUCAUUGGUGUCCUAACUGGAGUUGGCGAUAUCAGUUAAGUAAGAGCAUGGACGAGGAGAUAUUAGCCAUUAUUAAACUCGUAAAUAACUCCAAAUUUGAACGAAUUGGGCACUGCGCUGAGCUUCCUGGUUUAGAGUUCUUCACAUCUAAGGGUCUUGUAGACUCCAAAUCUUCAACUACUGCUUUCAAUAAGAUCAUGAAGGCCUUGAAAGAUGCUGAAAUCAACAAAAUCGGAGUAUGGGGGAUGGGAGGGGUAGGUAAAACCACCUUAGUCAAAGAGGUAGGCAAUAAAGUCAAAGGAUUUGGUCAGCCUAUAAUGGUUGUUAUAUCCAAAAUUCCAGAUAUAGGCGAAAUUCAAAAAAAAAUUGCAGAUGGCAUUCACUUGAAAUUUGAAAAAACAACCAAAGAUGAAAGAGCAAAGGAGUUAUGGUGUAGACUGAAAGAGGGAAAGUUCAUCAUAAUCCUCGAUGAUUUGUGGAAUGAGUGGAAUGAUGAUGAAGAUUUAAGAAAAAUAGGGAUUCCAUUGGUUGAAAAUGGGAAGGGCUGUAAAAUCAUUUUGACAACACGUCGUUGGACGGUAUGCAAAUCUAUGGAAUGUCAAGUUACUAUUCAAAUUGAUGUUUUGGAUGAUGAUGAAGCAUGGGCUCUCUUCAAAAUGAAUGCUAACCUUGAUGAAAACGUUUCAAGGAAUAUCAUUGAGGAGGCUGAGAAAAUUGUAAAAGAAUGUAAUGGUCUACCUGUAGCGAUUGUAACACUCGGAAGGUCUUUAAAAGGUACUAAAACUCAGAAAGGAUGGGAACUAGCUCGCAAAAAACUUGAGAGUAGUAGAUUAAUGGAAAUUGGAAACAUUGAAGAGGAAGAAAAAAAUGCCUAUAUGUGUAUUAAGAUGAGCUAUGAGUACUUGAAGAAGGAGGUGACCAAGCGAUGCUUCUUAUUGUGUGCUUUAUAUCCGGAGGAUCACUCAAUUGAUGUGGAAGACUUGGUGCGAUAUGCUUUGGCAUUGGAGUUAUAUGGCAAGGUUGACUCAGUUGAAGAGGUGAGGGUUCAAGUCUUGGAAGCCAUUGAUUACCUCAAAGAUUCUUGUCUAUUAUUAAAAGAUACGCAAUGGUACAUUAAGUUACAUGAUUUAGUCCGUGAUGUCGCUCUAUGGAUUGCAUCCAGAGAAGAAAGUGGAUUUAUGAUCAAAUCUAGAUUGGAGUUACUAAAUGAAAGCUUUGAACCUUGUAGAGCGAUCUCAUUGCUGAACAUUGAAGAAAAAAAACUUCCUGGGAGAUUGAUACCUUCGAACCUUGAGAUCUUGUUGCUUAAGAACUGUGAUGUUCAAGGUACAUGUUUUCAAUGGAUGAAAGAAUUGAAAUCAUUAAGUCUUACAGCUGACAAACAUUGUCCUGUGGGGAUGAUUUCCUUGUAUGCUCUUAGUUCUCUACCAAAACUUCGUGCUCUACGUUUGGAAAAUUUUGAGGACUUCUCAUUCCUUAGAAGCCUAAGGACACUUGAGGUUCUUAGUUUGCGUGGUUUAGGAUUCGAGGGUUUGUCAAAUGAAUUAUGGAGGUUGGAAAAUCUGAAGAUAUUGGAUUUAACUGAUUGUACAUUUCGCUCCAGAUUUCCCCCUAACGUCAUUCAAAGGUUAUCAAAGCUAGAGGAGCUAUAUCUAAAAGGUUCAAACAUUUGUGAGACAGUUGUUGAUAUACUUGUCCAGAUAAAUUUCUUAUCUAGGUUGACUGCAUUAUCCUUGAGGUUAUCAUUAGAUCAUUUUACGGGUGACGUUGUGUUUCCUAAAUUGGAAAGAUAUGAUAUAUCCGUAGUGGAUCCUUAUAAACUUAAAUGUGAUCUUUUUUCCAUUACGGAAAAAUCCUGGAAAAUUAAGGGACCGAUUCUUUUGAAUGUAGUUUCUCUCUUGCCUGAGAAUUUGGAGUCUUUUGAAGUGUUAGAUGACAUAGAUAAGUUUCUGGAAUGCUUGAUUGAUAAAAGUUUGAGGCUCUCAAAUUUGAAGCUGUUAUAUUUGCAUAAUUUGUCUAACUUGAGUUGUAUUGGGGAAUUGCCAACCCAACAUGUAAGGCUUGAAGGUUUAGUUGAUUUGAGGAUAACAAAUUGUCCAAGUUUGAAAUCACUCUUCCCACUUUCUCUUGCUCAAAGUUUGGUGCUCUUAGAAAUCCUUGAGAUAGCUAACUGUCCUAGAUUGAAGCAAAUAGUUACAGAAAUGGAAGGUGAUGAAGAAAAAAUAUCUUCAAGCAUCAAUUCUCAUAAUUCUUUGGGUUUCCCAAAUUUAAGGGAACUCUACAUAGGAAACUGUUAUGGUUUGGUGUAUAUUUUUCCAACUUUGAUGGCACCGCAAGGGCUUCCACUACUAGAAAAUCUUGCUAUUCAUCGUUGCCCUCAAUUAAAACAAGUGGUCAGACCUAGAGAAGGAAGGGUGGAAAAUGAUGUUGUGCUCCAACAACUGCAGUUUUCGAAACCUUUGAUGCAGUUUUCAGUGUCGGCUUGCCCUUUGUUAACUGAUUCAUUUGUUCAUUUAGACGUUGAGAAGGCUUGCUUCAAGGAGGUUCGAUUAUCAACAUUCAAGGAAUCAUUCAGCAGUGCAAAACACCUUGAAGUACACUAUGCAAUUGAGGAUCAUAAUCUCGUUCCGGAUGCAAAGGGAGAUGGACUAAAUGGAUUAACGUCCCUUCAACUCAGGGAUUGCAAGGAUCUUGAAUGCUUGGUUGAUAUCACAACGGGGAAUGGGCCAACUUUUGCAUUCACUAAUUUAAAGAGAUUAAGUAUAGAAGAUAUGUUUGGUUUUGAAACCUUAUGCAAAUGUCACCACCCUCCACAAGGUUUCCUCCAAAGUCUUAAGGUUGUAAACAUAAAAGGGUGCAGAAAAUUAGAAAUACUCUUCUCACCUUCGAUUACUCAAAGCCUAGUGUUUUUAGAAGAACUCACGAUAGAAUUCUGUCGUGAAUUGAGAACCCUUUUCUCGGUGCUGGAAAAUGAUGGUGGAAUAAGAUCAAACAGCUGUUUUCCUCCUUUCUGCUUGCCGAAACUGAAAACUCUUUACAUCAGAUUGUGUUCAAAGCUAGAAUAUGUUCUGCCAAUCACUUUGGCUCAAGGUCUUCCUGCUCUUGCAUCGAUUUCGGUCUUUGGUUGUGAUGAAUUAAAGCAUGUAUUCAGCAUGCCAAAAGAACAAGAUGGAGUUGAACUUCAUGGUAUCAUGCUCCUUCCUAGUCUACAAUAUCUACGACUUUCAGGGUUAGAAAACUUGACUAGUUUUGUCCCAGAAAACUUUUUUAUCAAGGCACCAGCUUUGAAAAGCUUAGAAGCUUACGAGUGUCCUAAAGUGAUGAACUUCCACAUUCAACAAGUUAACAAGCAGCUGACAUUAAAGGGGAAUGGAUUAUACGUAUUCAAGGAAUUGUCAUGCAAUACAAAUCUUAUUCCAGAUGUACAUUCAAGACAUCUAGAUGGAUUAACUUCCCUUGACAUUUACCAUUGGUGGGGUGGUGAAUGCCUGGUUGAUAAAUCACAAGCAAAGAUGGGUAUCUUACAAAACCUUAAAGAUUUGAGAGUUAGUUACUCUAGUAUGUCUGAAGUAUUCCGAAUUGAUGAAGGCCUUUAUAAUAGAGAAGAAAAUCAAGCACCACAACUACUUUUAAAUUUGGAGCAGUUGCAGUUAAAGCGUUUACCAUAUUUGAGAUGGAUAGUUCAAGGCCCCAUCCAUUGUGUCAAUCUCCAAAGCCUAAAGGUUUUAGAAAUAACCCAUUGCAACAAAUUGACAUCUAUCUUCUCAAUAUCCGUCGUUCAAACCCUAAGGUCGUUGGAAGAACUCAAGAUAUAUGAUUGUGAUAAACUAAAAAGUGUUCUGAUGGAGUUGGAAAUUGACACUGAACCGAACAAACUUUGCUUGCCAAACUUGAAAACUGUGGAGAUAGUGAAAUGCCCAAGUCUAGAAUAUGUCUUCCCACUUGCUUUGACUCAAGGUUUUCCUCGUCUACAAAAGGUACAACUUGUUAAAUUAAGAAACAUGAGAGGUUUUGUUGCUGGAAAUAAUUUUGUCCAAGCACCAGCUUUGGAAAUUUUAAUUAUCAAGGAAUUAUGUUCAGCAUUUACGAAUUUUGUCUUGCAAAAAGAAGUUAACAAGUGUGAUCCAUUAAAGGAGUUGACCUUCUGUACGAAAAGUAUAGAUGGUGAAGAUGUCGAGCCAUGCAAUAUGGUAAACACUCAGUUGAGACAAAGAUCAACAAAUUUCGAAUAUAUGACCCUAGGCAACUUUGAACAACUGUUUCAGCUUCAAGGUGCAUAUUUCAUAUCAAAUCUAGAGAAAAUGCAGCUUUCUAAUAUGAUUUGGCUACGAGAUAUUUGGAAAGGUCCCAUCCAUUUUGAAAGCAAUCUUAGAGAACUAGCAGUUUAUGACUCCAAUUGUUUGACAUACAUCUUUCCAGCGACUUUCAUUCCACAUUUUCCACAUUUAAGUAUUCUGAAAAUAAAGGCGUGUGAGAAUUUGAAGCAAAUAAUUGCCAAUGAUGACAUUUCGACAUCAUCGUCACAAGGUCCUCAGUUGGAGAAGAAAAUGGUAUUUCCUCAUAUAAAGCAAAUAAUACUUGAAAAUUUGCCAAGGCUCGAGAGGUUCGGUCUUGCGGGUUAUCAUAUGGAAUUCCCAUGUUUGGAUUUGCUUGAUGUUAAGCAAUGUUUCAAGAUGAUCACAAGUUUCACUGUGGAUUAUUUAACAUUGACUGUGCAUGCUAAAUCUAAUGAGGCAUCGCAGCUAGAUGAUUUUAAUCCCUCACCAGAAGUUAUAUUCUGGGAAAAGCGUAGACCCACCUUACUACCUCAAUAUGUAGAAGAAGCUGAAAAAGUUUCACCACUGAAGUGAAGAGCAUUCCAUAAGCAUACUUGAGCUUAAAUCUCAUCUCUAUUAUAGUUAAUUAACCAGGUGAAAGAUUAGAUUUUAGUUCUCGUUCGAAGUAGCGAUCUUGACACAUCUCAUCACUUCAUGAAGACUUGGAAGAAAAGGGAUAUGAAAUAAAUUUCAUGGUAUAGAGUAUGACAUGUACAUGGAUGAAUUAAUGACUUGAAAGAAAGUGUCUAGUUGUUUUAAUAUAUGAGUUUAAUGUGUUUUGAACGGUAAA